UACAUUUACAUGAGUUGUGGUGUUUAGUGUUGUGUCUCUUGAGUUCCAGAUACACGCUUUUGCAAUCCGAGUUAGAGAAAUCAUAAUCCCAGUAAUAUUCAUCUCUACGCCCACCGCCACCCCACCUCCGGAAAUUGUUCAAGUGUUUAACAAACAGAUCUAUAUAGCUCCGUCUCCACCCACCUAUAUAUACAAAAAAUCUGUACGUAUCUACAUCUACAUACAUACAUACAGACAUCUCAUUUAAUAGUAGAAAAAGCGUGUAUGCACAGGCAUCGUAUUUGGUGCCAAAUUAUACAUGUAAAGAGGGUCAGGUCUGCAGAGAAGAGUGUGCAACCUGGCACCUCUGCAUGCUUUCGCUUUCCCUUCUUCAUCUGCAUUCAUUUUUCUCUAUCCAUUUUCACUUUUCCCUUCUUUAAUUUACUCAGAUCCGUGGUUUUUUUUUCUACCGCAAUCCCACAUACAAGAGGAAGAAACCAAAGCCCAUUUGGGUUUCUAGAAAAGAUUUGCAGUUAUUGAGUGCGGGGUUUCGAUUCUUUCUUUAUUGGAAUUUGUUUACUUUUUUUGAUUCUGGGUUUGGGGGGUUUUUGGCCAAGUCGUAAAGGAAAAUGAAAGCGGCCCAGAAUAAUCCGGAGAAGUUCAUCUGGGAUUCGAUGAGGACCCCGACGGGGGCCCCGAUGGCGGUGGCGGCCGCCCAAGGUAAAGCGUUGCCUAAGCUGAUGGUGUGGCUGAUUUUGUUCGUCUCAGCUACUUAUAUGGUCUACACAUUGAAGCUGGUUUCGUCUUCCCACAGCGUUUGUGAAGAAGAUGAUUUCCCUGAACGGCAUCAAACUGUUCGGCUUCUUGAGCCCGCAAACAGCACGGUUGAGAACGCCACGGCAAGAGCACCCCAAUUGGGAGGCCAAGAAUCUGGUAAAACAGGGCUAGAGCACAUAGUCUUCGGCAUCGCGGCGUCCGCAAAGCUGUGGGACAAGAGGAAAGAGUACAUAAAGCUAUGGUGGGAGCCGGAGAAGAAAAUGCGUGGGAUUGUUUGGCUCGACAGCCCCGUGAAGACUUACAGUAACGAGAGCGGGAGCCUGCCGGAGCUGAGAAUUUCCGGCGACACGUCACGUUUCGCCUAUAAGAACAAGCAGGGCCACCGGUCGGCCAUCCGGAUUUCAAGAAUUGUGUCGGAAACUCUGAGGUUGGGUGGAAUGGAGAAUGUGCGGUGGUUCGUGAUGGGGGACGAUGAUACUGUGUUUGUGACGGAUAAUUUGGUGAGGAUUUUGAACAAGUAUGAUCACAACCAGUAUUAUUACGUCGGGAGCUUGAGUGAAAGCCAUUUGCAGAACAUAUAUUUUUCUUAUGGGAUGGCUUACGGGGGUGGGGGUUUUGCCAUAAGCUACCCAUUGGCCAAGGCUCUUGAGAAGAUGCAGGAUAGAUGCAUACAGAGGUACCCUGGAUUGUACGGUUCUGAUGAUAGAAUGCAGGCUUGUAUGGCUGAACUCGGAGUUCCACUCACUAAAGAACUUGGCUUUCACCAGUAUGAUGUGUAUGGAAACUUAUUUGGUCUUCUUGCUGCACACCCCGUCACUCCAUUGGUGUCGUUACACCACCUAGACGUCGUUGAGCCAAUAUUCCCAAACGUAACUCGGGUACAAGCUCUACAACGGCUGAAAAUUCCUAUGCAGCUCGACUCAGCUGGUUUAAUGCAGCAAUCGAUUUGCUAUGACAAAACGAACGGCUGGACUGUAUCCGUAUCUUGGGGCUUUGCUAUUCAAAUAUUUCGUGGGGUUUUGUCACCUCGAGAGAUAGAGAUGCCAUCGAGGACAUUCUUGAAUUGGUAUAGACGAGCUGAUUACACGGCAUAUGCAUUCAACACAAGGCCGGUUAUGAGAAACCCGUGCCAGAAGCCCUUUGUUUUCUAUUUGUCAAGGGCAAACAUCAAGUCAAACAUGAACCUGACAACGAGUGAGUACACACGCCACCACACUCCUCAGCCUCUAUGCAAAUGGAAGAUGGCUGAACCAGGUGACAUCGAUUGGGUGGAAGUGUACAAGAAGCCUGAUCCUCAUCUAUGGGAUAGGUCCCCGAGAAGAAACUGUUGCCGGGUCUUAAGCUCAAAAAAGAAAAGCUUGACGAUCGACGUGGGUGUAUGCGGGGAAGGUGAGAUCAGUGAAGUAUAAUAAUGGCGACCCGUUAGCUGUAUUUGUUAGAUGUAUUCCUUGAUUUGAUUAAUUCACGCCCUUCAUAUUUCUUGGAAACAGUGUUGCCAUUUCCUCACUGAUGACAGAGGUUAGGAAGAACUGAAAAUGAAGUAGUUCAAGUUGUGUAUUUAAGCAUAUUUGUUUGAGGCUUUGUUGUCGGAAUUUCAUGGUAUGAAGCCCAAAAUUUUGAGUUC